AUUUGUGUCCGUCAAGAAAGUUCGAAUUUUUACGAAUUUCUAAAAUUUGUUUUCAGAUAACUCAUAUUUUCUUAGAGAUAUAAGAAUACUUAAGCAAUUUGCUUUGGUAAAAUGUUAAUUUAAUAAUAGUUAUACUUUGAAGUAACAAAAUGAGCAAUAAUUUAGAGACUGAUAGAUCGGUCACAACUGGAAAAAUGUAUCCAAUCGAUUUAGCACCUCAAAAAAUAACUAUUGUCAAGAGUAUGACGAAUUCUGAAGUAAAAAUGGCUCAUCUGAUAUCGGGGCAGCCUAAAACAACUAGCAGUACUGGAUCUAUGGGCUUGAUGCGUACUGCUGCUCAAAUUAUCUCUCCUGGCGUUGCAUCGCAGCCACAGAUGAUUGUAAGCGGCUCACCAUUGCUACAGGGAACACAAAUUGUUAGCCAAGGAUCACAAUUGAUAGGGCAAAGCUCACAAAUUAUACCUCAGUCUCAGUUAUUACCUAGUGGCCAAAUCCUAAGUCCUGGUACUCAGAUAAUCAGUCAAGGGACACAAUUAUCAGCUCAAGUAUCAAAUGCUAGUAACACAGUAUCAAGCAAUGUUCAAUCAAGCAAUGUAUCUUCUGGAAAUGGUGCACAAUUAUUGAGUGUAGGCAGUUUAGUUAGUGGAGCUGGUAAUCUCGUAGUAAGUUCAUCAGUACGUACCAUACCCCCUAGUGUAAGGGUAUUGCCCCCUAUGCCACAACAAAAUAAUCGACCAGUCUUGUCUAACAUAAAUGUGAACAAUACUGGUGGAGUUCUGGUCAACAAAGGUGUCACGAGUCAUGUUCCACGUGGCCUUGCAGCUGGUGCAUCCCUUGCAGUGAGACCUGUAACUAAUCCACAACCUGCAGCAAGUCAAGGUGUCAUUAAAGGUGGUGCGUGGUCGAGCGGCACGCGCGGCGGGCGCGGUCGAGCGCUGGUGUACGGUUGUCGCGCGCGUUCCCCCGCACCCCGCGCCGCGCCGCCCGCGCCUCCGCCGCAAACGGCGCUCGCCACCCUACCUACUACCACUGUGCUCACCUCUAGUGGAGUGAUAUCGAGUACAGUCCGCGGCCCGUCACCUCGGACACCAACGCCGACACCGCCAGUGACGACCGCACCGCGGCCGUUGCCGCUGCUUCAGAGAAACUAUCAACCGGCCAAGGUUGUGGGAGUUGCUAGUGUAGGAGUCCGAGGUGUAGGCAACAGUGCACCGCCCCAGCUGUAUUAUGAAGUACCUCGUCCCGCGCCCCACAGCAUCUCAUCACAGCAGCAGCCGCAGCAACACCAACAACAUCAGCAGCACCAGCCAGCAAUUCAACAGCAACAGCCACACCAGCAUCCUCGACCAUUAACGCCUUACGCACAUGUGCAUACACAGUCCGCGCAAGUGAGUGUUGUAAAUACUGCUCAAAGUCUUCCCGAAACACGUCAAACGCCGGCAUCCGUCCAGAAUUCUUCUAUCUUGCCUCGACCUUCUAUAUUGAGGAAACGGGAUAUUGACGGGUCUCCUACUAAGAGUCUGUCACAGACCACACUAAACAACGUGACCACAAUUGUCAGCACUAUCGGUAGCGUCGGCAGCAUUGGCAGUAUCAGCAGUAUCAGCAACAUGGUGGGCCAGGUGUACCGCUCAGAGGGUACGGGUUGGGAGGACGUACCAACCGGCGCAGGUUCCGGUUCCACGACUAUCUCCGCGCCCUCCUCGCCGGCGCCAGACCUCGACCCGGACCCUCCAACGCCAGAGCAGGACCUCUCGCCGAGGAAGAAGCCAAGGAAGCAAAUACUAAGUAGUGAAGUAAGGCAAUGUGAUUACCCUUCAGAAGAUGUUCCUCCUUCACCACCACCAGCGGCAUCUGUAACACCUUUACCAAAACGUCCAUCGCUGAGCUCCACAUACGUAUGCGGGUGGCGUAGUACGGACCGUCACUUCACGCGACCGGCCGACGUCCGACGCAAGGAGCCGCGCACCAGGGACAUCGUAGCCAUCGCUAGCCAGAAGCAUGUGCUCACCAGUGCAGAGGGCUGGAAAGUUCACCACUUAACAGCACAGAUGGAUGAUCUGGUGUCCCUGGAGGCGGAUGUGGGCGAGCAGCUGUUGGGCGUGCUGCGCGCGCUGGAGGCCGCUGCCUCGCGCGCUCACUCGCCUAUUCACACCUUGCAACACACGCUGCUCGAACUCGUUAAGGGCAACAAACAACGCAGUAACAUAGUAUGUGAAGGUAUUCAAGAAGCACGAGAAGACAUCCUCCGCGUGUUCAAACACAGGAAUUUUGUAUCCGAUAUUCUCACUCGUCAAGCUGACAAGAGAUGUUUUAGGAAACAUCGGUCACAGUCAUAGCAGAAACAUAGAAGAAACCACAAACACAAAGUCAAACGGUCGUAAUAUCAUAUCAAAAUAUGAAAUUACAGAGAUUAUUGUUUACAACAUUAUAUGUUACAUACAAUUCUGAUGUAAAGCUUUUUGCUAAUAACUAAUAAAUAGUUGAGUCUAUUGUGGUUGUUGAAUACACUUAAUGUAGUCUUUAAUAAUAGGUAAAUUGUCUGUAAAUAGUGUAAAGAAAUAUAUCAUUUAAUGAAGAUAAAAUAAUGUCAAACUUUUCUAUUUUUGAAAAAUGCCUUG